AUGUCUAUCCCAGCUGCCCCUACGCCCAAGUCGCGUCUCGGCCGAUACCGCAUGCUUGCCCCCACGGCGGGCAUCAAGGUGAGCCCACUGUGUUUGGGUGCAAUGAACUUUGGUGAAGGAUGGAAGGAGAGACUAGGCGAAUGUGACAAAGAGACCUCGUUCAACAUCUUGGAUACGUUCUACGAGAAUGGCGGCAAUUUCAUCGAUACUGCCAACAACUACCAAAAUGAAGACUCUGAAGCCUGGGUCGGUGAAUGGAUGGAAAAGCGUGGCGUGCGGGACCAGAUUGUCCUCGCAACCAAGUAUACCUCCGGCUUCCGAAGUCAUAUGAAGUCCGAGAUCCAAGCCAAUUUUGUCGGCAACAACACAAAGAGCAUGAGGUUGUCCGUAAAUGCCAGUCUGAAGAAGUUGCGCACCGACUACAUCGACCUGUUGUACGUCCACUGGUGGGACUUUGCCACCUCCAUCGAGGAAGUAAUGACCUCUUUGAAUCAGCUGGUCACAUCGGGCAAAGUACUCUACCUCGGUAUCAGCGAUACACCCGCAUGGAUUGUCAGCCGUGCGAACCAAUUCGCUCGCGAUCACGGUAUGCGCCCCUUCUCCGUCUACCAAGGCCAAUGGAGCGCGGCCAAGCGCGACUUCGAGCGCGAAAUCAUCCCCAUGUGCGCCGCCGAAGGCAUGGGCCUUUGCCCCUGGGGCGCCAUCGGAGGCGGCGCAUUCAAAACAGCCGCACACCGCGAGGAACUCGCGAAAAGUGGCAACCCGGGCCGACAAGUCCAGCCUCGGGAUGUCGAUGUCGCUGUGUCCAAGGUUCUAGAGAGCGUUGCGGACCGGCAUAAGACGGCGAUUACCAGUGUGGCCUUGGCUUACGUUAUGAGCAAGACGACUUAUGUUUGCCCUAUUGUCGGCGGCCGCAAGGUCGAGCAUUUGUUGGGUAAUAUUGAGGCGUUGGGGUUGGAGUUGAGUGAGGAGGAUAUUAAGGAGAUUGAGAGUGCUUAUGAGUUUGAUUAUGGAUUUCCGAUGACAUUCAUCUUCCGUGGGGAGAAUAUGGAGGCUCACCCUUCGAAUGUUACGUUUAAGAAUUCUCUGGCCAAGUUUGAUUUUGUUGAUUCGGUGCGGCCUAUCAAGCCGAAGAGCCUUGAUGCGUGA